AAAGUGCCAUAAAUAAAGAAGGUGAGAGCAUGCAAAUAGAAUGAUUAUGUGGAUUAUUUGAUUAGUAAUUAGAUCUUGUCUAGUUGCUGGUUUUGUUAGGUGAACUAUUUAAAUAUAUUUGAGUUUAUUUUUCUGUGGCCGGGCGUUUUUUGGAAAAAGUCUCUCCAUGAGUUAGGAUAAGAUCUGUCUUUGAGUUAGAGAAGUGCAAAUUCUUCUGCUUUAGGUACUGCUGUCGUCUUCAGUUUCUGUUGGUUCAACACAUUCUCAACGAUAAUCUCCGAAGAUGAUCUUAAACAAUCUGAAGUUAGGUGUUGAAGUUGUGGGUGCACAUAACCUUUUGCCGAAAGAUGGUCAAGGUUCAUCGAGUUCUUUUGUGGAACUUUACUUUGAUGGUCAGAGGUUCCGCACUACCAUCAAGGAAAAAGAUCUGAGUCCUUUGUGGAACGAAACGUUCUACUUCAACAUCUCUGACCCUUCCAACCUCCAUAUGCUCGCUCUUGACGCCUAUGUCUAUAACAAUAUUCGAGUUACUCAGUCCAGGUCCUUUCUUGGAAAAAUUACUAUUAGUGGGACUUCCUUUGUACCUUAUUCGGAUGCUGUUGUCUUGCAUUAUCCUCUUGAGAAGCGCAGUAUCUUCUCACAUGUGAGGGGAGAACUUGGUCUUAAAGUGUAUGUUAUUGAUGAUCCGUCCAUAAAAUCAUCUACCCCUAUUUCCGCAGCCAAUGAUACUCAGCUUCACGGCCAUUCAGCUCAAACUCCAGCUCCCAAAAUUCCUAGAUCUGAAGUGAGACACACCUUCCAUCAUCUUCCCAAUCCAAAUCACCCACAGCAGCAGCAGCAACAGCAACAGCAACAACAAGCUCCCGCUGUUUCCGUGCCUCAUCAAGGAGCAAGAUACAUGAGUGAUGAAAUGAAGGUUCCAGAACCACAGCCUCCACCACAGCUUGUUCGGAUGCAUUCUGCCACAAUGGCGCAACCUGUUGAUUAUGCACUUAAGGAAACAAGCCCAUUCCUUGGAGGGGGUCGAGUUGUGGGUGGUCGUGUUAUUCGUACUGACAGGAUGUCUGGUUGUACUUAUGAUCUCGUUGAGAAGAUGCACUUCCUUUUUGUUAGAGUUGUUAAGGCUCGUGAGCUUCCUGCAAUGGAUAUUACAGGGAGUGUGGAUCCUUAUGUUGAGGUUAGGAUUGGGAAUUACAAAGGAAUUACAAAGCACAUUGAGAAAAAUCAAAAUCCUAUGUGGAAUGUAGUAUUUGCCUUUUCUCGGGAGAGGAUGCAGGCGUCUGUGCUUGAAGUUGUUGUCAAGGACAAGGAUCUUGUCAAAGAUGAUUUUGUAGGCUUGUGUAGAUUUGAUCUCAAUGAAGUCCCGAUGCGUGUGCCACCGGAUAGUCCUCUAGCUCCAGAGUGGUACCGGCUUGCAGAUAAGAAAGGAGAGAAGAUAAAGGGGGAGCUCAUGCUUGCUGUCUGGAUCGGUACUCAAGCAGACGAAGCCUAUCCUGAUGCAUGGCAUUCUGAUGCAGCUCUAUCCGUUGACACAGCUGCAUCCACUCUUAUACGCUCAAAAGUCUAUCAUGCACCCCGGUUAUGGUAUGUCCGUGUUAAUGUUGUUGAGGCACAAGACUUGGUUCCGACGGACAAAACUCGUUUCCCCAACACUUAUGUGAAAGCACAAAUAGGAAACCAAGUUUUGAAAACUAAGCCAGUUCAGGCUCGAACGUUCAAUCCUCUUUGGAAUGAGGAUCUCUUGUUUGUUGCUGCAGAGCCAUUUGAAGACAACCUUGUCCUCACGGUAGAGGAUCAUGUGGCUCCAGGGAAAGACGAGAUCAUUGGGAGGGUCAUCAUCCCUUUAAGCAUGGUAGAGAAGCGUGCUGACGAUAGAAUGAUCCAUUCUCGUUGGUUUAACCUGGAAAAGCCGGUGGCUGUGGAUAUUGAUCAACUUAAGAAGGAGAAAUUCUCGAGCAGACUUCAUCUUCGAGUCUGUCUUGAUGGAGGCUAUCAUGUCCUUGACGAAUCCACUCAUUACAGUAGUGAUCUUCGCCCAACUGCAAAGCAACUGUGGAGGCCACCAAUUGGGGUUCUUGAACUCGGAGUCUUAAAUGCUGUGGGACUUCAUCCUAUGAAAACACGAGACGGAAAGGGGACAUCAGAUACUUAUUGUGUGGCAAAAUAUGGUCAUAAAUGGAUUCGAACUCGAACAAUUGUUGAUAACCUCUGCCCAAAGUACAAUGAGCAGUACACGUGGGAGGUCUUUGAUCCAGCUACAGUUCUCACAGUUGGUGUGUUCGACAGCAGUCAACUCGGAGAAAAAGGUUCAAAUGGUACUAAAGACCUCAAGGUUGGAAAGGUAAGAAUUCGUAUCUCAACACUUGAAACAGGCAGAGUUUACACACAUUCAUAUCCGUUGCUUGUCCUUCAUCCCACUGGUGUUAAGAAGAUGGGAGAGUUGCAUUUGGCUAUACGUUUUACGUGCACAUCAUUCGCUAACAUGCUUUACAAAUACUCGCGUCCUCUUUUGCCAAAAAUGCAUUAUGUAAGGCCUUUCACUGUGAUGCAACUUGACAUGCUCAGACACCAAGCAGUCAACAUAGUGGCAAUGAGGUUGGGACGAGCAGAACCCCCACUGAAGAAGGAGGUGGUGGAGUACAUGUCUGAUGUAGACUCACACCUAUGGAGCAUGAGACGUAGCAAGGCAAAUUUUUUCCGCCUGAUGUCAAUUUUCACGGGAUUAUUUGCAGCAGGGAAAUGGUUCGGAGAUAUCUGCAUGUGGAAAAACCCAAUCACAACAGUCCUCGUGCACGUUCUCUUCCUUAUGCUCGUGUCAUUUCCCGAGCUUAUUUUACCAACUGUUUUCCUUUACAUGUUUCUAAUAGGAGUGUGGAAUUAUCGUUACCGGCCUAGGUACCCUCCUCACAUGAACACAAAGUUAUCACAAGCUGAGUCAGUGCACCCCGACGAGCUUGAUGAAGAGUUUGACACGUUCCCAACUAGUCGUAGCCCUGAAUUGGUGAGAAUGAGGUAUGAUCGUCUAAGGAGUGUGGCUGGACGGAUUCAAACAGUUGUUGGUGAUGUUGCAACACAAGGCGAGCGCCUCCAGUCACUGCUGAGCUGGCGUGAUCCCCGUGCCACAGCCCUGUUUGUCACAUUUUGCCUUGUUGCUGCUCUGGUCAUGUAUGUGACACCAUUUCAGGUAAUUGCUGCCCUGAUAGGCAUUUACAUGAUGAGACAUCCGAGAUUUCGCCAUAGGUUGCCUUCUGUGCCUGUCAAUUUCUUCCGCCGGCUGCCUGCUAGGACAGAUAGUAUGUUGUAGUAAAUUGUUGAGGUCGUAGUGAGGAUUCAUAUCACCGAUCCCAAUUUGUCUGGUCUGUUUUUGUUGAGCUCAGAGCAUUGGAUGGCCUUCUACAUCUAUAUGUGUAAUAAGAUCCAUUCCUACAACCUUUUCCCUUAUUAUGAUUUAUAUUUGUUUUUCUAAGAUUGGGCAUGCAUGAA